CUGCGACUGGCAACCACUGUGUUGCUUCAUGUGUCAAACUUGACAGUUUUGAAAAAUAUUCACUUUAAUAACACACACGUAUAAAUAUUUUGCAAAUAAUUUUGUCUUCCUUUUUUUUAUAUAUAUAUAAAUAUAAAAUAUAUAUGCGGGUACUUUAGCCCGUGACAUAUGUCACAAAGCGUGAUCACAAGUUUUGUUGAUUAUUUUCAACAAGUUUUACGAUUAAAUUCGGGUAUGAGUGAGAAUAAAGAAAAUUCUCCAGCGUAUAAUUUGCGCUCAGGAGAAUCUAACCUCAAUUCAAAUAACACUAUUUUUUACGCUGUUUUUAUUCCUGGCGACAACGAAAAAGGCGAUGCAAAAGAAGAAGUUCGCGUUUUUACAGAAAAAAGUGAUGCUUUAAAAUUAAUAAAAAGUCACAAGAAUGCGAGAUUAAAAUUCUUUAAAAAUCGUUUGGAUGCUGAAAAUUUUUCACGAAAUGGUGGAUCAACAAAUGAUGCCAAUGUUACAACAAUCAGCACAGAAAAUGUUGUUGGUGAAGAGAAAUACAGUAAUUUUAAAGGUCCAAAACCUCAAGAUUUAGUGCGAUUUCGCAAAUUAAUAGAGGCUGGUGAUUUGGAUGCUGUGAAAUCUGUAAUUUGGGAAAAUCCACGAUAUUUAGUUAGCAGUGGUGAUACUCCUGCAAUUUUACAUGAAGGUUCUCGAUAUAAUGCAUUACACAUUGCAACGAAAUCUGCACAUUCAGGUUUAAUGUGCGAACUCUUAUUGAGCACAAUUAAUAAUCCUAAUUUCGUAAAAUUACUCUAUGGCGAAAUUGAUUUAUUAAGGGCACAAAUUUUACUUGAUCUUUAUUUAAAUACACCAGAUAAAGGACUCAAUGAGACUCCACUUCAUUUUGCUGUGAAAUUUGGACAAAAAGAAGCCGUUAAAGUGCUUGUCUCUUAUUCUCAAUGCGUUAAAAAUGUAUUGAACAAAUAUAGACAAAAACCUUUGGAGAUUAUUUGUGCAAGAAAAAAUAGUGACGACGAAGAAUUAAAAAGACAAAUUCGUUCUUUAUUGGAGGAUCAAUUUUACGUUCCCGUUCUCAGAUCUAAAGAUGAUACAUUGCAACCGACAAUUGGUGAACCUUUCUCGCCAACGAGUCCUCGUGAAUGUGAAGUAUUGCAGAAAUAUAAAAUUGAUCCAAUUAGUCCUCAAAUGGAAGUCCAUGCCUUUGCCGGACCUAUGAGUAAAACACAAGCAAUAGAAUUUCGUAGAAAAUGGAAAACACCACCACGUUAUCAGGGUACGCCUACGCGGCUUAAUUUCACUCCUACGAAACUUCAUUUAACUCCAACGCGUGAAAAUAGGCUCAAUGAUUCCUUCACGGAUACCCGUGAAAUUAUUAGAACUCCUAUUCAAAAUUUAUCCCUACGAUUGCAAGAUCCUCAAAAAGGACUCGAAAGAGUUGGAAGAGUUUUAGCUGAAGAAUAUCAUGUUCCAUGGAAGGAAUUUUGGCCAUUUUUAGAUAGUUUCGCUGAUUUAGGAUGCUCCGAUGGUUUAUGGAAAUUGGAAAAAUUUUUGGAGGCAAGAUUCAAAGGAUACUUCAUACCAAUUGAAAAUGAACUCAAUCAAAAUUCUAAUAAAAUAACUGUUAAUGGCGAUCCUUUAAAUGAUUUGACUAAUUUAUGCAAUAAGUUCGAGUCUUGUAAUUUGCAUAUCAAUGAAGAAGACGAAGAAAAUACGGAAGAUGAUUUUUAUACGCCACCUUCAUCGCCAAUGUCUUGCAAUAGUUCAGAGGAUGAGAAAAUGGAAUUAGCGGAAGAAGGAACGACAACAUUCAUUGAAUGUAAUGCACCUACCAAAACUGAUUAUGCAGUUUUUAAUGCAGUUCCAUCGACAGUCACGCCAUAUGAUUAUCCAAAUAUUUAUCGUUGGAAACACGAGAUGCAAAUGAUUAUGAGAAAUAAUCCCACGGGAAACAGAUCAACACCUGGAAUCAGAAGAAAACUUCGUCUCUGAUUAAAUAACGUGCGUUGCGUUUUAAUUGAUAAUUAAAAAACCAAAAAAAUAUUAGACAUCUCAAGUACAAACUUUUUCCACAAAUUUAAAAUUCCAAUAAAACUUUCAGUUUCUUUAUCAUCGAUAAUUCCAUUAUGUCAUUAAAGAGUAAAAUAGUUAGAGAGAAAGAGAGAAAAAAAAGAGAUAACAAAAAUGUAGAAACUUUUAAUAAGUUUCAUAGUAUUUGUUUUUAAUGUUUCUUUUUCUUUCUUUUUUGUUUUCAAAAAUUUGAAAAAUUCAGCUUUUUCGCUUAUCUAUAAAGUUGAUUUAAAAAAGAAAAAAAAAAAUGAUAAAUAUUCAAGGGCUAAUAAUAAUUAUUAAGUAAAUAGUAAAAAAAAAGGAGGAAGUAAAGCUCUUUGCUACAAAAAAAAGAUUAUUAUAUAUUUUCCUACAGACUUUUCUACUCUGAAUUUGAAAAAAAAGGAGAUUUUUAACGUGUGAUAAUGCUGCUAAUUUAAAUUUUGAAGAAAUGAAAAAAAAAAAAAAAGAUGAAAGAAAA